AUGUAUCUCGAAUUAGAAAGAAUUCCCACCUUAAAGCAACUUUAUGAGAGAAGGAAUAUUCCUUCGCGUAAUUUUAAAAAGGCUGCAUCAAUUUCUCCCCAAUUUGAAUAUAACGAACUAUUCAAUGAAAAAAUAUCUCUAGUCCAAGCAGAUAUCACGAAAUUGAAAAUUGAUGCUAUAGUCAACGCUGCAAAUGAAUCACUCUUGGGAGGCGGAGGAGUUGAUGGUGCAAUUCACAGAGCUGCAGGACCUGAACUGAGAAGAGAGUGUUGGAAACUUAAUGGUUGCGACACUGGAGAUGCCAAGAUCACUAAAGGUUAUGAAUUGCCAGCUAAGCAUAUCAUCCACACUGUCGGUCCCAUAGGGGAAAAACCCGACCUUCUUCACAAAGCUUAUAUACGAUCCUUAGAAGUUAUGACUGAAAAUAAUUUAAAGAGCAUAGCAUUUUCAAAUAUCAGUACGGGUGUCUACGGAUAUCCACGUGUUAAGGCUGCGCAUGUUGCUUUAUCGACCAUAAGAAGAUGGUUGGAAGGACAUUCAAAUUUGGAUAAGAUUGAUAGGAUCAUAUUUUGUGUAUUUGAAAUCGAAAAUAAAGAUGUUUAUGAACAUUUAUUGCAAGUAUAUUUUCCACCUCCAGGAACUAAGCUUGAUACUGGAGAAAAGGUGGAGGUAGGAGGAUCAGGGCAAAAGAAAUUAAAAUUAAAGGAUGAAAAUGAAAAUGAAAAAUUUAAACAGAAAGAAACUACAAAUGUUGCGAUAACGGACGGUUCUACUAAAGAUAAUAUGACUGCUUCAACUAAUAUUAAUGUCGCGACGCCGGAUUCUGCUACUAAGACUGCUUCAACUAAUUAUACUUUUACGGAACAUGAAAACGGAAAAGAAAAAAAGGAAGAAAAGGAUAAUGAAAAAGAAGAAUAUAAGCGGGAAGAAACUGCGAUGACGGAAGCUGCUACUAAAAAUAGUAUGACUGAUUCAACUAAUAUUAAUCCA